GCAGCAGUAGCAGCAGCAUCAGCAGUGGCGGAGGUGAUGCCUCAGUGACAUUUGAAUCCUGCUGUUUGUAUUAUUCAUUUGCUCACAACAGUCCGCGAUGCGGAGCUGGUCGAGGACAGAGUCGGACUGUCCUGUGGUUGGUUUCUGUCUGACCUGGACUCUGGAGCGCCCUUUGGACGGACUUUGCGUGCUGAAGUUGUUACUGUAUGGAGGCGACGGGACAUUUAUUUUGAAAUGAUGACCGCGUCUGUAUGAGGCAGAGAGCUUCUGGUGGCUUUUGUUAGCAAUGCUCUAAAAUUAGAGCUGUUUGGGACCAGGACAGGCUGACGGGCUUCCUUCUUUACACUGAGGAAUUAAGUUACCAAUACCUCUCAGUGUUGACGCUCCGAUGAUGUCAGAUCUAAUUUACAACAUCAGGUUCCAAACGUCCAGCCCUGAGAGGGUUUGCCUGGAACAUCUAAUCUUUCACCAAGAACUGUUUCAUACAGUAAUGGAGAGGUUGUAAUCCAGUGGAUAUAAUGGAGGACAAUUCCUCAGAAUGACUUAGAUGACCACUCGCCAAGCGGCACAGGUUCAGGGAUGGAGCUCAAGAACAUGACAACUGUCAUCGACAGUGGGUUUUUGGACGAGACGCCUUCGAGCCGCGUGCUGACUGGCUGUUUCCUCUCGCUGCUCAUCCUCACCACCUUGCUGGGGAACACUCUCGUCUGUGCGGCCGUCACCAAAUUUCGACACCUUCGCACCAAGGUCACCAACUUUUUCGUGAUCUCGCUGGCUGUGUCAGACCUCCUGGUUGCCAUCUUGGUGAUGCCGUGGAAGGCGGUAACAGAGAUCGCUGGUUUCUGGCCAUUCGGCUCCUUCUGUGACACCUGGGUGGCUUUUGAUAUUAUGUGCUCCACGGCGUCCAUUUUGAACCUCUGCGUGAUAAGCCUGGACCGGUACUGGGCCAUCUCCAGCCCCUUCCGCUACGAGAGGAAAAUGACACCUCGAGUGGCCUAUGUGAUGAUCAGUGUAGCCUGGACUCUGUCUGUCCUCAUUUCCUUCAUCCCAGUGCAGCUCAACUGGCACAAGGCCCAAACCCAUGCUCACAGCCAGCUCUCUGGCUCCUCAGAGUUAAAUGCUACAACUUACCACAGCUCAGAAAACUGUGACUCGAGCCUUAACAGGACGUAUGCCAUCUCAACGUCUCUAAUAAGCUUUUACAUUCCGGUAGCCAUCAUGGUAGCGACCUACACGCAGAUCUACCGCAUUGCGCACCGACAAAUCCGGAGGAUCUCUGCCCUGGAGCGAGCGGCCGAAAGUGCCAAAAACAGACAUGACAGCAUGGGCGGAGGGUCCAGCAUCGCAGAGUCCGAGAGCUCCUUCAAAAUGACAUUCAAGAGAGAGACCAAGGUGCUGAAGACUCUGUCGGUCAUCAUGGGGGUGUUUGUGUGCUGCUGGCUGCCGUUCUUCAUCCUCAACUGCAUGGUGCCCUUCUGCGAGCAGUCGAGCGGAGGAGAGGCCUUCCCCUGCAUCAGCCCCACCACGUUUGACGUGUUUGUGUGGUUCGGCUGGGCUAAUUCCUCCCUCAACCCCAUCAUCUAUGCCUUCAACGCAGAUUUCCGCAAGGCCUUCUCCAUCCUGCUCGGCUGCCACAGACUUUAUCCAGGAGGCCACAACAUAGAGACGGUCAGUCUAAACAAGAAAUGACUCACGACUCUCCCCCAGCACUGACUCAUGCUUCAUGCUUUGAGUCGGAGCUUUUUCCUGUUGAGGCCAGUCUGAUCAACUUCAAACAAGGACGCCGCUCUCUGUGCUAACGCUAAGUGUGACUGAAGGAUAACAGUGACCUAAAAUGGACCCUUGUUUGCACUAGGUGAGAAGCCCGCCUGUGUGCAGACUGUCAGAGUGAGCUUUCCAUGGUCGCUCAACUGUUCCACUGUCUGCAGAUGGGGGAAAAAAUCUCCUGAAAGAGAGGAGGGGAUUUAGGGGAUUGAGAUUAAGGUUCUCCGCUGUUGUGUCAGGGAGCACAGCAGUGCUGACACGCCUCUGGGACAGAUAAUCCCACAACUGGGCAAUGCACUCCCUCACGCUGUCAGACACUGCUCUCUUCAAUACCAUCACACACACACACAACCACUGUCCACACAUACCGCUCUACAGUGCAGAUGCAGCACUCAGCAUACACGCUACAACAAAUUACACAACAGGACACAGAAAUACUGUUCAUCAUUCCGUUUUCAUCUCCGGCACUCCAAGGAUUCCGGUGGUGAAAGCAUCAAACCAAAUCACUUCUCUCCAGAGAGGAAAGUCUAUCCACAAGCCAGUGUGAUUAAGGUUUCCGAGUUGUUAUUUACAUCUCAAUAAAAUCAGA